AUGUCUCCUCUCAUGGAGAACUUACUUAUGCUAAUCCUUGUUCUUCUUCUUUGCUUAGCUUUGUUUUGCUUGUGUAACGUCCUAUGGCUAAGACCGGAGAAGACAAGGAAGAGGUUGAGAAGGCAAGGAGUGAAGGGUCCCAAGCCUACUUUGCUUGAUGGCAACGCCAAAGAGAUGAAGCGUAUCCGACAUGAGCUCAAGCCUAUGAAGAAGCAAGACAGCAACAACUACAUCUCCACCCUCUUCCCUCACAUCCUUGUCUGGAAGGAAAUUUAUGGCUCUGUGUUCCUUUACUCGUCAGGAGGUCGGGAGAUAUUGCAUGUUUCUCAGCCAGACAUGGUAAAGGACAUAGACCACUGGACACCAUCAGAGCUCGGGAAGCCUAAUUAUCUGAAGAAAACUCGAAAAGCCCUUCUAGGGGGAGGGUUAUUUACGGUGAAUGGUGACGAAUGGGCCUAUCAGAGGAAGACCAUGGCGCCAGAGUUCUUCAUGGACAAGAUCAAGGGUAUGAUACAGCUGAUUGAAGAUGCAACUGCUCCGCUGCUAGAAGCAUGGGAGAACAUUCUCGACAGUGCAGGAGGUAGCACAGAGAUAGUUGUCGAUGAUUAUGUGCGGAACAUCUCAGCAGAUGUAAUCGCCAGGGCUUGCUUCGGGAGUAGCUUCGCAAAAGGAGAAGAGAUAUUCUGCAUGCUCAGGAAGCUUCAAAAGGCGAUUUCUCAACAGGAUGCAUUUGUUGGACUCUCUGCACUGUGGAAGCAUCUGCCUACCAAGAGCAACCGAGAGAUACGGAAUCUGGUUGAGAGAGUCAGGCUACUGAUCUUGGAACUGGCAAAGGACAACGGGAACGAGAGUGGAGCUGAGAAUGAGGCAACUCAUAACGGUCUUCUGCGUGCGAUCAUCAAAGGCUCCCAUGGUGCUGGCCAUGGCGGCACUGCCGAGGACUUCAUCGUUGGCAACUGCAAGACCAUAUACUUUGCAGGGCACGAGAGCACGGCGGUCACCGCCAUUUGGUGCCUGAUGUUACUGGCCAAACACCCGGAGUGGCAGGAGCGCGCCCGUGUCGAGGCGCUGGAGGUUUGCCAUGCGAGGAGCACGUUGGACGUCGACGCCCUCCACCGACUGAAAAUUCUGACGAUGGUGAUCCAAGAAACUCUCCGUCUGUACCCACCGGCGUCGCUGAUGAUGCGUGAAGCCCUGACGGACAUAAAGAUCGGCGACCUGGAUGUGCCCCGCGGAACGAUCGUCCAGGUGACCAGAUCGAUGCUGCACCUGGACAAGGAAGCCUGGGGCCCCGACGCCGACGAGUUCCGCCCGGGCCGGUUUGCCAACGGUGUGGCUGGGGCGUGCAAGCCGGCGCACAUGUACACGCCAUUUGGGCUCGGCUCCAGGACCUGCAUCGGGCAGAACCUGGCGAUGACGGAGCUGAAGGUGGUGCUGGCGCGCCUGCUGAGCAGGUUCGCCUUCUCGCCGUCGCCGACGUACCGCCACGCGCCGGUGUUCCGGCUGACCAUCGAGCCAGGGUUCGGCAUGCCAUUGGUGGUGAAGAAGCUGUGA